GGGAACUGGGGCAAGAUGGCAGACGCCGAAGAUGGUGUUUUGCAGCCGACUGCAUCUUCUACUGCCCCAAUUUCAUUCGCCUUUACUCGUACGUCCUCUCGGAGGCGGCUGACGGCCCUAAAUGAUGGCGCAGAGUCCGCCCCAGAGGAGAAGGAUUUCUUGAAGACCGUGGAAGGGAGGCAGCUACAAAGUGUGAAGCCCUCAGAAGUCCCCAAGGAACCUGUCAUUCCCUUGAUUCAGAAUGGCUGUCACAGGCAGCCCCUGGUCCAGCCCUCUGGGCUAUCCACAGACACCAAGACCUUGAUGGAUGAGGUACUGUCCCAGGCUGUGAAGGAACUGAUUGAGGAAACCGAGAAAUCUCUGGAGGAAAGAAAGAAUGCAAAUGCCGACUCCAUGCUCACUAUCCCCAUGAUCCAGAAAGGAUACACCUCCAACAAGGAAGGGGUAGACGGCGAACACUCAGCUGAAACCGUACCAAAAGAAGCUGAUUAUGAGGCAGUCUCUGUGGAGGCCUACGGACUGGCCAUGCUGCGGGGUAUGGGCUGGAAACCUGGCGAUGGCAUUGGACGCACUUUCAGUCAAAUAGUGAAGCCCCGUGUCAACUCAUUGAGGCCCAAGGGGUUGGGGCUGGGCGCCAACCUGGCUGAGAUGAAGGCCUUGACCUCCACCAGUUCCAACUGCCUUCCAAGAACAAAUGUGGAUCAAGAUCAGGAUGACGGGCAGGAAACGACAAGGCAGCCCGAAGGACUGAAGACGGGGACAGCCGUGACGGUCAUUUCUGGCCAUUACCGAGGUCGCUACGGGAAGGUUGAAGGCCUUGACCCUGACAAUGCUCGGGCCAUGGUGCGUCUGACAGGGGAGAACUCUGUGGUGACUGUUAGCGAGUACUGCCUGCGCCCUGUCUCCCAGCAGGAGCAUGAUGAGAACUCCAUGGAUCUCAAUCAGGAGAAUGCAACUCCCAUGGGGCGAGCAACUGACCCAACCUUGUCACAGAAGACCCUCCAAGACCAGGAUGCCCAUGCCCACCUGGAUUCAACGAGGAAGCGGAAACACCCUGUAGACCAACAAGAAGGGCCCGUGGCCAAAAGUGAGAAGACAGCUUCCAGAAGUCCACACUGGAUACACAGAGACCUGCGCGUACGCUUUGUGAACAAGCUCUACAAGAAUGGCCAGUACUACAACACCAAGAUGACAAUUGAAGAUCUCCUGAGCCCAGACACCUGUGUAUGUCGAACUGACGAAGGCCGAGUCUUAGAAGGUGUGAAGGAGAACAUGUUGGAGACACUGGUUCCCAAGACAGAAGGUGAACGCGUGAUGGUGGUGCUGGGACCACAGGCCGGAAGGGUAGGCCAGCUGCUGCGCCGUGACACAGUGCGAAGCAGGGCUUUGGUACAGCUGCACAGAGAUGGUCAGUUGGUGGAGCUGCAUUAUGACGCCGUGUGCCAGUACAUGGGCCCCAGUGACUCCGAUGAAGACUGACGGGCUCCGCUCCCAUUCCCCAGGCGGCUACCAGUUCUGUGCAGUGGGAAAGAGCAGGGAAAAGUUGCAGGCACAGACAGGGAAAUGAGUAACUGGACCAAAAGCGGGACUGAAAACAAACCCAGUAGCUAGCCAAGUGGAAUGGGCAAUAAAAACCAUUUGAAACACUUAGCAGAAGGAUGGAUUCCUAAGUGGUGUGCUCAGUGGCGAGGGGAGGUGAGAACUGAGACGCUGGAGGUGGGAACCAGUUCAUCUAUUUAGCCUCACCUCCGCACCCAGGGUGCAAGACAAGUGAGUGGACCUUACUGGUCAUGAGUUGAAUUCAGGGUCUCGAAGCAAUGGAAUCUGUCCCCUGAGCAGACGCGAUGGGACCCGGAAGGCCACAUUUCUGAACAACUUCCUGGGUGAGAACUCCAGUAGCAGGGUCCUUUUGCUCUUGGGCCAGAGCCAGCCCCCAGAGAACGUGCUGAGCUAGCGAUACAAGUUCACAGGAAGCAAGGCUUCUGCUUUACCAGUGGGAUGUGUCGGCUCUGAUUGCCAGUGCAGGUGGAGCCAGUUCAUUCCUGGGCCCUGUCUCAGUCCCAAAACUUUGGCUUAGAGGGAAGAAUCAUGUGUAUCACUUCUCUGGUGGUUCCGCCCAAUUGUAUGCCCAGAAAGGUAUUGUCAGAGAAUCCCCCACCUUUCUCCUAUCCAGCAGGCUGAGUGAGGUACACAGUCAGUGAGGGAAGUCAGAGCUCCACUCACACCUGUUCUUUGGGGAUCAUCCCCAGUCACUAAGCCGUCAAUGUAACCAGUGGCAUUUGAGUUAGAUCUCAGCCACUGGUAGAAAUUCCCAGCAGCUCAGAAUAGGGGCACAGCGCCUGAGAAUUGACAUGCUUACCCUAGGGCAGGAUCCAACAAGGUCAAGUGCUGUCCCCGCAUAGCAAAGGCAGGCAACUGUUGAGAGCCGAAAUCUAGAGUAUUAGAAAAAACCAGGAGUUGCGCAGAACAGUGACCAUGUGCCCAGCAAGGGAUGACACAGGAAAGCUCUGCGAUAUAGAAUCAUGGCUUGAAGGACACACCUGUUUAAUUUACCAUCCCGAAUGAAUUGCAGAAUUGGGAUGUUCUUCAAGACUGGCCAAACAGGGUUGUUCGGGCAGACAGUGGGGAGCAGAGCACCCGCCCCAGCUCCCCCAUGCUCUGUCCUAGCUGGGAUUACCAUGCACCACAGCGCUGGCCCCAGCUCCUCAUGCUUUUUCAUUCUGGUUUUCCACAUACCCAUGUAUGUGCUUAACCCAGCUGAGAAGGCCACCUCCUUUCUGCAGAUGGUAGUAAGGCAGUCUUGGCCAUCCCCGUGAGAAACUGGGACUGGCUGUGCUUCCCCCAGAAGAGGCCCUCCUGAUUGCUCCUUUGGAGGACAGGGUUUCGUACAGAGACGUGGAGGCAGGAUAAGGAGGCUCUCCCCAUCUGCCCCUGGUGAGCAGCACACGCACACACACACACAUACACACGCACGCACGUUUCUAGAGACCGUUGAGAAGGGCGUGCAAGCAGCAACAGCUCCUGGGAGGCUACCAGUUCCCCACAGGCCACUCAACACCCGGGCACCAUGACCUGCGCAAUCUGCCCAGGCCGGACACCACAGAGAUUGAGCAAGAUGUGGGUACAAAAGCAUCUGCCUCUUGUGCCAAGUCUCUAGAAGUUUCCCGCAGGGUGCCGCCUCUGUCAAACCCCAUCCAGGCUCCAAGCCAGGCAGCAGACUCCAUACACAGGUUCUCUGCCUUGCUGAGAGAAGGGAGUUACCUGCUUGACAGGGGCUACUGCCAGGGCUAAAUGUGGUUCAUUUGUUCAUUUUCAAACUGCUCAUUAAACACUGUGCUGCCGGCUUUGUGGUGCAGCCGGGUUAAGCCAAUGCCUGUGAUACCGGCAUCCCAUAUGAUUGCGGGUUCGAGUCCCAGCUGCUCCACUUCUGAGCCGGUUUCCUGCUAAUGCAUCUGGGAAACCAGCAGAAGAUGGCUUGAAUACUUGGGCCCCUGUUCACCCACUUGAGAGACCCAGAUCAAGUUCCAGGCUCCUGACUUCAGCCUGGCCCAGCCCCAGUCAUUAUGGACAAGUACGGAGUGAACCAGCUGAUAGAAGACUUCUCUGCCUCUCUCCUUCUAACUCUGCCUUUCAAAUAAUUUUUUUUUGUUAAAAAGAAAGCACUGUGUGCUAAGUAUAUCACUGUAUUAAAGGAAUGAAUAAGGAAUUAAUGUCUAAUUUUA